UUACAAGUCCCUCCAAACCAAACACCUGCUUCCUAUUUGGGCAGGCAGCUUCUUAACCUGCGCACCCAUUUUCUUUUUCUUUUUCUUUUCUCUCCACCCAAACAAACAGUAGUCUAUCAAUCAAUCAAAAAAAAAACAAAUUCUAACCCGACCCACCUGCUGCUGCACAAAAAAUCUUUUUAAUUUUUUCUCGCUCGUUCUUGUUUUCAAGAAAAACAUGAACCAGAAGAGAAAAUUUUAAAUAAAGAAAAGAAAAAGAAUUUUAAAGACCCAUCAAACAAACCCCACAAUUCUUACAAACUAAACAUCAAAUGGAAGUCACAGAUAUGCAAAAUAACAACAACAAGAAGCAAAAUAAUAAUAAUAAUUCUUCAUCUCAAGAACCCCACCACCACCCUCACCACCACCACCAAGUUUCUUUUGACGGCAGAGGAGGACCCCCGCCGCCGCCUUCUCAUGGCGGUCCCUUUAUGGGCUCCUUAUCUAGUAUCCAGCCCACUUUAUCUCAUCAUCUCCGCCACCACCACCACCAUCAACAACAACAGCAUAAUUCAACUACUUCUACUACUACUCCGUCAACUUCCUCUUCUUCCACCUCUACUUCCUCCUCCACCUCCGCCUCCGCCUCCUCCGCUGUCGACGCUUCUUUGGCCAUCGCCACCAGAUCUGGGCCCUCUCAUUUAGAGAAAAACCAGCAAAAUCAGCUGUCUGUAGUCCCGGUCCCAGUCUCGGCCUCAACAACCACAGCUGCAGCGGCGGCGGCGACGCCAGCUAAGCGGUGUACGAAAGAUAGACACACGAAAGUUGACGGGAGAGGGCGGAGAAUAAGAAUGCCGGCGACUUGUGCAGCUAGGGUUUUUCAGUUGACUAGAGAAUUAGGACAUAAAUCCGACGGAGAGACAAUUGAAUGGUUAUUAAGACAAGCUGAACCGGCUAUAAUAGCGGCGACUGGGACCGGAACUAUACCGGCGAAUUUUUCAACUUUAAAUGUUUCUUUAAGAAGCAGCGGAUCUACGCUCUCUGCUCCGCCGUCAAAAUCCGCUCCUCAUUCGUUUCACAGUGCUUUGGGUUUAACUCACCAUCAUCAUUAUGAUCAAGAAGGAUUUGCUCACGCCGGUUUAUUAGGGUUUCACCAUCAUCAGCAGCAGCACCAGCAUCUCUUGACAGCAGACCAAAUAGCGGAGGCGCUUCCCGGAGGCGGUGGAGGUGGCGGAAGCGGUGAAGGAGAUAGUAGCGGUGGAGGUGGAGGAGGCGGAGAUUGUAGUGAGAAUUAUGCACGAAAGCGUUAUAGAGACGAUUUAUUCAAAGAUGACAGUCAACAAGAAAGCGGCGGCGGACACGGCGGAGCAAGCGGAGGAGGAGCAGAAGGAUCCGCCAAUAAAGGGUUUAAGACAGGUUUACAGUUACCCAAACCAAACCAACAACAAGAAACCGGACAUUUAAGGCCAUCAAAUAUAUUACCAGCCACCGCCAUGUGGGCAGUAGCACCCACAAGCGGUACAACGGGCAACACAUUCUGGAUGCUACCAGUAACAGCCGGAGCCUCCGCCGCAGGCGGCAGCGGCGGCCCACCCACAUCAGAAACAAUGGUACCCCAAAUGUGGCCGUUUUCGACAGCAACAGCCGCCGGAAGUGGGAAUAAUACGUUACAAGCGCCGUUACAUUUCGUACCAAGGUUUAAUCUUCCGACGAACAUAGAUUUUGGAGGAGAUGGGAGAGGAAAUUCAUUACAAUUAGGGUCAAUGUUAAUGCAAAAUCAUCAUCAUCAUCAUCAUCAGCCUUCACAAAAUCUUGGGUUAAGUAUGUCUGAGACUAAUCUGGGUAUGUUGGCUGCUCUUAAUGCUUAUUCUAGAAGUGGGUUGAAUAUGAAUUCUGAUCAGAAUCAUAUGGAUCAACAUCAACAGCAACAUCAAGAUCAUCAUCAGCAGCAGAGUCAAGGGACUAAUAGUGAAGAUGAAGAUCCUAAUAAUUCUCAGUGACAAUAAUUAUAUUAUACAUUUGGUUAGCGAGUAUGAUCUCUUAAUGUGUUUUGAUAUUUUUUUUUUUAAUUAUUUGAGGAUAGGAAGAUUGUUAUUGGGUUUGAUUUUGAAAGAUUUGGGAGUUGAUUUGUGUGGUAAUUAAGAAUGGGAGUUGAUUUGGUAAUUUGUUUUGAUCAGUUUGGUCCAAAAAUUGGACAAUGUUAGGGAACCAUGAGAGAGAUUUUGUAUAGAAGGAUUUUAAUUUGUUUGUGUUCAUUAUUAGUGUAAUCUAUUUAUUUGGUUUGUUUGUAUGAGCAAAAGUAAUUGAGAGACCAAAAGAACUCUUUCAAGUGAGCAUUUUAUUUUA